AUGUCGCAAGACCCCCGCGCCCUCCUCCAGCAGGCGAACAAGGCCCUCUCGGGCGCCUCUGGAGGUUUCAGUUUGUUUGGAGGCCGCGAGGAGAAGUAUCAGAAUGCCGCCGAUCUCUUCAGCCAAGCUGCCAACGCAUUCAAGAUGCAACAGAGCCACCAAGAGGCCGGUCAAGCAUUCGAAAAGGCAGCCCAGAUCCAGCUGAACAACCUCAAGGAACCAGAUGAUGCCGCCAACACCUACGUCGACGCAUUCAAGGCCUACAGGAAGAUCAGUCCCGAAGAUGCCGUGAGAUGCCUCGACUUUUCCAUCAACCACUACUGCUCAAGAGGCAAUUUCCGAAGAGCAGCGUCGCACAAGGAGACCCUGGGCGAGGUGUACGAGGUUGAGUUGGGGGACCAGAAACACGCAAUGGAGAGCUACGAGAAUGCCGCUACAUGGUACGAGGGCGACGGCGCCGCUGCGCUCGCAAACAAGCUUUGGCUGAAGGUGGCUGAUAUUGCAGCCCUGGACGGCGACUACUACAAGGCGAUCGAGAACUACGAAAAGGUCGCGCAGCAGUCAAUCAACAACAACCUCAUGAGGUACUCGGUCAAGGAAUACUUCCUCAAGGCCGGCAUAUGCCACCUGGCAACGGGUGACAUGGUGUCUGUCCAUCGCGCACUGGACAAGUACAGGGAUAUGGAGCCUGGAUUUGCCAGCCAGCGGGAGCACCAGCUAUUGGUAGAUAUGAUGGAAGCCAUCGAGGCCGGCGACCAAGAUAGGUACACGGACAAGCUAUUUGCGUACGACCAGAUGAGCAAGUUGGACAAGUGGAAGACGGCCAUUCUGCUGAGGAUUAAGGGACAGAUUGAGGAGGCCGACAAUGAAUUUUCUUAA